CUUUAGUUUGUGCUGCGGUCGAUAAGCUUGAUGCAGCCGCUAUAAAAACGCGAAGUGUCCUGAGAAGUUCGCAAACUUAGCCAUUCACACAACAGCUGUCAUGGGGGUUAUCGAGAUCAACAAUUGGAAGGAGUUAAAGGCUGCCCUGAAGGAUGCUGGAGACAAGCUGGUGGUGGUGGACUUCACAGCCACCUGGUGUGAGCCCUGUAGACAGAUUAGCCCAGUAUUCCAUGCGCAGUCUACUAAUGCUGAGAACGUGAAUGUGGUUUUCCUGACGGUGGACGUGGAUAAAGCUUCAGAUGCGAGUGAAAAAUCCAAGGUUAACAGCAUGCCCACGUUCCACUUUUACAAGAAUGGAAAAAAGGUGGCAGAGUUCUCUGGCUCCGACAAAGAUGCACUGUUGGAGAAACUGAAAUCUUUGAGGACAUAAAGCGCCACAAACGCAUCCUCAUUGUAUAAAAGCCGCUGUUUCCCUCUGUACAUGCUUGAGAAAUUCCUGUUUCAUGUUGUGUACUAUAACAAUCAACUUUUCUAUUUCACACCGCAAAUAAUUGAUUUCAUGUAUGUCUUAACUGGCUGAAAUGUAAUCAAAACCUGUCGACCACUUUUAAUUCUGUUUUUGUACGAGAUUGGCUUUGCUCCUGAACUUUCUUUGCAUGUUGUGUUCAAGGUGGAUUUAAUAAAUAAACAAUGAGUUACAGGCA